GCAUGAUCGACUAUCUCCGUGCCUUCACCAUUGACAAGAAGGUUGAAAGUGCCGUGAAAACUGCACUGGCGCCGACACCGUCGGAGCAGCCCACAAUCAUCGCUCCCAAGGACUAUGCCGCUCGCUUCAUGCGUGCAAUGAGCACCUACUUCGUGGCAGACUGCCCAGAGGAACCCUGA